GGUUCUUCAUUGUUGUUGAAGGUUGGCUGGGCGUUCAAUCAUAUUGAGAAAAAGAGGGGUCUCUACAAACCGAAGCAUACCGUCGAAGAACAGAUAGAGUAUAUGAAAAGUAAAGCUUAUCAAGAUGCCUAUAAAGGACUGCCGAUCUAUAGGUGGUAUAAAAGGAAUUUUAAGGGGCAGUCGACUUUGCAACCACCUCCUCGACUUUUCUGCAUCGACAAACAUGGACGGUUUAAUGUAAAUAAUGCGUGUCCGGUAUGUCGCGAUGAAUAUUUGUUUUUCGACUUUCGGAAUCCAGCUUUGAUAGAGCAAUUCCUUUCUCAUGGUACUCAUCAACCGAUUGGGAUUUUGAAUAGUGGCCUUUGCCGAGAACAAUAUGCUAUGCUUAAAGCUCAGUUACUUGCUGCCAAAGAACACGGAACAAUCACAUUUGGUAUCGAUUAUCGAAAUUUCGACUUCCGAGAUUGGUAUAAGGACUGGACAACACCGCCAUUGCCUCAUGUGGAACGUGCUGGAAUUCGUCUACAGGAUAUCCAUCCAGAUCCAUUAGUCUCAUUUCCUGUGUUCAAGCGAGAUUUCAAUAAUGACUGGGAUCAAUGGUGGCUUCGAUAUGACAAAUUUGCUCGUAAAGGAAAGUGA